CGCCGAUGAAUCGUCACUCUUCGCUCGCGACACUUUCAACCAUAACAAAGCAGAAAAAGCGAAACGCGGACGACAAGAAGCGCGCGAUGAGCAGGAAAACGGGACGCGAGGGAGAGGGGACAAUGCCCUGUGGCGGGAAAAGGGUUUAAUAAACAAGUAAACAACAACAAACACGAGCGAGGACUGACGCCACAGGCUCGCGCUGGUGCGGUUCAGUCACCAAGGAAACGUGAGGGAGGGAGGACGGAGAGGAGGAAAAAACGGCGGCGGGAAUGUCGGGAAAGGUUCGGGGUGGUUUCCCCGCGCUCACCCGUCCAUGGUCCGCGAGGAUGAAGAGGAGGAAGAAGAGAGAGGAGGAGUUGUUUUGGUCCGCGAGCGUACCGCACCGCAGUCAACACAGCGACCGCGGAGAACAACGAGCUCACUUCCCGUUUGGUGACGUCACGGGAGAACAUGGCGGCUCGCGCGGACACGCCUCAGACCAGAGAUACAGAAGGAUCGAUAGCGAUCGAUAACUCGGUUUGAACGGGGAGAUAAGCAUCGCAAACACUCCGAAGUGUCGGAUGAAAUCAUUUUCUCCGCCAGUUUAUUUUCCUGUUUGUCGUCGCAUCUCGAGCUGCUCGAAAAAGGAACAUUAAACAAGAAGACUCAAGUUUUUUCAUCGAGUCACGUGUCCUUAAAUAACUAAAACGUACCACAAACAGCUGAAAUAUUAAAUAUUUAAUGUUUUUGUAUCUACAGUAGCCUGCAGACACACGAUGAAGCAGGUACUGCAGUGUACAAAUACUUCAAUACAAGCCUGAACUCAAACUCCUGUUCCAGUCAGUACAGUAGUACAGAGUACUGUACAGUACUGUUAUCAUUAUGAAGAGAUGGAAGCAGCGUUGCCAUGGUGCAGCUGAACUAUGUACAGUUGAGCUGUGUAACUUGUAAAAACUGAUCUCAUUUCAUUAACUGGUUACAUGUUUCAUCUACAAAGUAACCAGUUACAAAGCUGGCAGCUAACAUCAUAAGAAAUUAGAUUACAUCUUGCAUACAAUACCUUCGACCAAAUAAGGAAACUGUACAAAUAUUUUUGUUAAAGAAUUUAACUCCAGAUCUGACAAACAUAUACAAAAACACAGAUAUCUGGGUCCAUCACUCAGUAUGGAUAAGAUACAGAUACAGUGCACAUCAAGAUCAACUCCAGCCGCUCCAUGGAUGGCUGCAUGGAUGGAUGGAUGGAUUUUUAGGCCACCACUGAAGACAUUUCUGAGAUGUGGUGUUCAUGAGGACAGCAUGGACGGACAUAGAAGGAGGACGUGGAGAGAAUUGUGUUGCUCUGUUGGCAGACGAGGAGAGCUUCAGGAUGCCUGAGUGGAGCAAAUGAAUGAAUGAACAGUAGUUAAAUGGCAGUAUAAUAUCAGAAAGAGCUCUGUGUGGGUGUCAGACUGAGGCUUCGUAGCUGAAUAACAGAUUUUUAACAGGUGGGAAGUUUAAGGUCAAGCUUGCAUUGGAUCAGCAGGUGAUGGGGUCAUGUGGAUGAGGAAAGAAAUGUUUCAUAGAGAGACACACAAAGCCAAAGUACUGCAGAGUGAAGGCAAUACACAGUAAAUACACUGAAGGCAGGAGAGGAUGACGAGGAGCAGGAAAAAAAUCAUCUGAGAGCCAAACAAACAGAAACAAAGGCAGGAAGUGUAACAAAAUAAAACAGGAAGCACUGAAUGAAUCAAUGAGUUUGUGCUUUAGGAAAUAUUCUGUAAUAAAAUAUUCUGUCGUUACACACUCUUGUACAGUAGGUGGCGGUGUGCAUCAGCAGCUGUUUGUUUUCAACCGAGAGAAAACGACGAAGAAGAAGAGGAAGAAGUGGGUGAAAGGUGAAGAAGACGACAAACUGACAUUAUUCAACGCAAAGUGAGAGCAGAUCCGUCACAUUUUUCCUUCAACUUGAAUCUAACGAUGCUGCAGAACACUGGGAAGUUGGCCGGCUGCACGCUCUUCAUCACUGGAGGGAGUCGAGGGAUCGGUAAAGCCAUCGCUCUGAAAGCUGCCAGAGAUGGAGCCAACAUCAUCAUCGCCGCCAAGACCGCUGUGCCCCACCCCAAACUGCCAGGAACCAUCUACACUGCCGCUCAGGAGGUGGAGGCGGCAGGCGGGAAAGCGUUGGCCUGCGUCGUCGACAUUCGUGACGAGCAGCAGAUCGAAGAAGCUGUUCAGAAAGCUGUCGACAAGUUCGGAGGAAUCGACAUCCUAGUGAACAACGCAAGUGCGAUCAAUCUGACAGGAACCCUGGAGACGCCCAUGAAGAAGGUGGACCUGAUGCUGGGAAUCAACCUGAGAGGAACAUACCUGACGUCGAAGCUGGUCAUCCCACACCUGCUGAAGAGUCGCAGUCCUCACAUCCUGAACCUGUCGCCUCCACUCAACCUCAACCCCAUCUGGUUCAAGAACCACACAGCGUAUACAAUGGCGAAGUACGGCAUGUCCAUGUGCGUCCUGGGAAUGGCCGAAGAGUUCAGAGGCCGAAUCGCUGUCAACGCCCUCUGGCCCAGAACCGCGAUCCAGACAGCGGCGAUGGACAUGUUAGGUGGAGAGGGCAUCGGGAAACAGUGUCGUAAAGCUGACAUCAUGGCGGACGCCGCCUACGCCAUCCUGUCCCGACCGAAGGACUACACAGGUCACUUCCUGGUGGAUGAGGACAUCCUGAAAGCAGAGGGAAUCCAAGACUUUGAUCAGUACGCCAUCCAACCAGGUCACCCCCUGCUGCCAGACUUCUUCUUGGACGACGCACCAGAGACACUGGUCAAAAAGAUGGAGGAACAUGGGGCAACCCCAGCCUUUAAACCAUCAUCAUCAUCAUCAUCAUCAUCAUCCAGUGGACCAAUAGAAAACACGUUUGAUGCCAUCAGAGGGGUCAUCAACGAAGACGUCGUCAAGUCGACACAGGGCAUUUAUCAGUUCGACCUAUCAGGAGAACAUGAGGGGGUCUGGUUUCUGGACUUGAAGAACAACGCUGGCAGCGCGGGGCAGGGCCAGCCGACGACGGCGGCCGACGUCGUCAUGACGAUGGAUUCCAGUGACUUCAGCAAGAUGUUUGCAGGGAAGCUGAAGCCGACGCUGGCCUUCAUGUCGGGGAAGCUGCGGAUCAAAGGCGACAUGACGCUCGCCAUCAAACUGGAGAAACUGAUGAGCCGCAUGAACAAGGCCAAACUGUGAGACUGUAGCCCCGCCCCUUCAUCCUCUCAGGCCACACCCACAUCCUGACUGUCACUGUACAUGUUGCCUUAAUGAUAAUAAUGAUAAUGAUAAUAAUGAUGAUAAUGAUAAGGAUAAUAAUAAUAAUGAUAAUAAUAAUAUGAUAUUGAUAAUAAUGAUAAUGAUAAUAAUGAUAAUGAUAAUAAUGAUAAUAAUGGUGAUUAAACAGGACAAUAACACGUUAAUAAACUCUACCUUGAUAAUAAACUGAGUGAUGUCACUAAGCGAGUGUAAAAACUGCCUUGAACCAAUAAAGAAGAAGAAGCUGAAAAAAAGACACUGAGACAUGAUUUGAUUAUUGACAAUAUUCC